CUGGAGCAGGUGACUUCAAUCACAGAUGAAAACUUAGUUCUGGGAAGUAAAGCUGCUUUCAAGUCUUUAAACUGCAGUUUCUCUGAGCACAACAACAGCACCAAAAUAUUAUUUUGGGAUGGCAGCAGACGUUUCAGAGAGCGCGCUGUGCUGUCUGAGCAGCACCUGACUCGACCUCUGACCUGCUCCGUCACGCUCCACCUGCGCCACCAUAUCAAACACUGUGGCCGCCCUCGCAGCCUCCACCAAAGCAGCGAAGCGACAUCUCGUUCUCUGUAGGGAACUCUCGCUUCCUGUUGCCUGUUUCCGCGCCCUGCAGACGCUUUCAGAAUCAGUCAGUCAGUCGGUCGGUGACUGCAGCCCGAGGUGGUGUGGGAGCUUUGCCUCCACAAAGCGCUUUGCUCCGCGCAGAAAGCUCAAGUUUCUCCGUUUGUCCGCAGUCCACACUGUGCGCAACAUCAUGUCGCUGCCGCAGCAGCUACGGGACGAAAGUGACUUUGAUCAGCUGCCUCAUAACGUCCCCAUCAGCGCCACCAUUGCUGAUAUUGAGGAGAAGAAAGGCUUCAUUGACUACUUUAGGUUUGUGACGGAGGUGAAGACCAAAGGAGAGGGCAAGUAUUUCAUCUACAGGAGGUACAGAGAAUUUUUCAACCUCCACCAGAUCCUCGAGUCCAAAUACUCUUCAGAAAACCCAGAGAAACGCGGUCCGAACACCUGCGUCCUGCCGACGCUUCCAGGAAAAGUCUUCAUUGGCAACAAGAAGGAGAUUGCAGAGAGCAGAAUCCCCGAACUCAACACGUACAUGAAGAGGUUGCUCGGUCUGCCACCAUGGUUUUUGCUUGACGAAGAUCUCCGGAUGUUUUUCUACCAGAGGGACCAGGACAGCCAGCACCAACCGCGAGCCCUCAGGCGUCUCCGCCCACCGACCCGCAAAGUGAAGACAGUGAAACCAAAGAUGGACCUCUUCUCCUCCCCCAGGGCCGAGGCGAUGUUUGACUUUCGCGGCAAUGGCAAGGAGGAGUUGAACCUGAAGAAGGGAGAGGUGAUCUUCCUCCUGCAACGAGUCAACGUCGACUGGCUGGAGGGCACAGUGAACAAUCAAACAGGUAUUUUCCCACUGUCCUUUGUGAAGAUCAUUAAGCCCCUCCCAGACAGCGACGCGGAGGGUGAGGGCAACGGCCUCGCCUACAGCUGCCUCCGCUGCUUCCUGCUCAGCCCCUCCGGAGUCGACACCAGAGACGUGUGUGUACAAGAGGACAUCACCAUCCAGCCGACGUACAAGGACCUGCUGUCUCGUAUGAGGAACGUCUUCAAGGUGGAAGACAUCGCCCUGAACUACCGGGACCCCGAGGGCGACCUGAUCCGUAUCCUCGACGACGAGGACGUUCAGCUGAUGAUCAAGGAGAGCAGAGGUCAGCAGGGCAAAGUCAACAGACCUGUCAAUCAGUUUCCAUGGGAACUGCACGUGACCUUGGCCUCUGACUUUUCUGUUUACAACAAUGAGGCCUGAGAGAGCAGAAAUAAUGAAAGAUAUUUUGUAUUCUUGAGUAUCACAACAGUGAACCUGAUCAACACAAUGUCAUUGCUGUUUCAGUCAAUGGCUGCCACAUUUCACUUUGUAAUAAACUAAUUUAAUGACGUUUGUAAA